UCCGAAGGCGUUUGUUUGAAAAUUUGUAAAAUUUGAGUUUUACUUUUGCAAAUUAGAGUUUAAAAAGCACCUCAAACAAACAGAACUGUAAAAUAAAUUUUGCCGACUUCCCUAUUUGUUGCUGUCUUUCGGAUAUUUUGAGAAUUUGGGUGUUAGGGACUGUUUCCUACACAAUACAUAAACAUCUGUCAUCACCAAAACAGAUUAGAAACGAACUGUUAGAUUCCGCCAGCCAUGGCUACAUCUCUGAGCACACCAAAGCUCAGUACUACUCUUUCUUCUCCAACUCUCCACACUCUUCUCUACAAACACAAAUUCUCUCUUCUUUCACUCUCUAUCCCAAUUAAGCCUCUCCACUUCAAUUUUCUCACCCACUCCCGUAGUACCCCAUCAUCAUUAUCCUGUACCCGCCGCCGUUUCACCGCUCCACGCGCCGAGUCCUCCAAUGGCGCUGACGCUCCUCGCCACUACGACUUUGACUUAUUCACCAUUGGUGCUGGUAGUGGUGGCGUUAGGGCUUCUCGUUUUGCGUCUAAUUUUGGGGCUUCUGUUGCUGUUUGUGAGCUCCCUUUCUCCACUAUUUCUUCUGAUUCCACUGGUGGCGUUGGUGGCACGUGUGUGCUUCGUGGAUGCGUACCCAAGAAAUUACUCGUGUACGCGUCAAAAUAUUCUCAUGAGUUUGAGGAAAGUUGUGGUUUUGGAUGGAACUAUGAGGUGGAACCUAAAUUUGAUUGGAGCACCCUCAUUGCCAAUAAAAAUGCCGAGUUGCAGCGCCUCAUGGGUAUUUACAAGAAUAUUCUGAAGAAUGCUGGUGUCACUCUGAUUGAAGGGCGAGGAAAGGUUGUGGAUCCUCAUACAGUGGAUGUGGAUGGAAAACUCUACUCGGCUAAGAACAUACUGAUUUCAGUUGGGGGACGCCCAUUUAUCCCAGACAUUCCUGGUAGCGAGUAUGCUAUAGAUUCUGAUGCAGCCCUUGAUUUGCCAACGAAGCCUAACAAAAUUGCCAUUGUCGGAGGCGGUUACAUUGCACUUGAAUUUGCUGGAAUCUUCAAUGGCUUGAAAAGUGAGGUCCAUGUUUUUAUAAGACAAAAGAAGGUUUUGAGAGGCUUUGAUGAAGAAAUUAGGGAUUUUGUUGGUGAACAGAUGUCAUUGAGAGGCAUUGAGUUUCAUACUGAGGAGUCGCCUCAGGCUAUUGUCAAGUCAGCAGAUGGCUCACUGUCUUUAAAGACUAGCAGAGGAACAGUUGAAGGUUUCUCUCAUAUCAUGUUUGCAACGGGACGAAGACCUAAUACAAAGAAUUUAGGAUUAGAAACGGUUGGAGUGAAAAUGACAAAGAAUGGAGCCAUAGAGGUUGAUGAGUAUUCUCGUACAUCAGUCCCAUCAAUUUGGGCUGUUGGAGAUGUUACUGAUAGAAUUAAUUUAACUCCAGUUGCUUUGAUGGAGGGAGGAGCACUGGCAAAAACUAUUUUUGCUGAUGAACCCACAAAACCUGAUUAUAGGAAUGUACCAGCUGCAGUAUUUUCCCAACCACCUAUUGGACAAGUUGGUCUAACGGAAGAACAGGCCAUCAAAGAAUAUGGUGACAUUGAUGUUUAUAUGGCAAAUUUUAGGCCCUUAAAGGCUACUAUUUCUGGUCUUCCAGAUCGGGUUUUCAUGAAACUUAUAGUAUGUGCAAAGACAGGCAAAGUUCUGGGCUUGCAUAUGUGUGGAGAUGAUGCACCAGAAAUUGUACAGGGAUUUGCGAUUGCAGUCAAAGCUGGGUUGACCAAGGCGGACUUUGAUGCCACUGUGGGAGUUCAUCCUACAUCAGCAGAGGAGUUUGUCACCAUGCGAACCCCGACAAGGAAGGUUCGAAGCAGUCCACCUGAGGAUAAGGCAGAGCACGAUAUUAAAGCUGCAGCUGGAGUUUGAUGUGCGGAAAUAAAGGCUCAAUUUUUGGAUGACAUAAAAUACAUGUGGGUACAACUUUGCAAGAGGUUUUAGACUGAUGGGGAGCUUAUGGGAACAUCGGUUGUGGACUCAUAACAAGCAAAAAGCUUUCUCCAGCAACCGAGUCAGUGAUACUUGUCGGAACCAAUGCAAACUUCAUUGCUUAAAAAGGGCUUUAAAGGUGCUUGUGAGGAUGCUAUAUGUAUUCAUCCACUUUCUUGCAUCUCGUCAACAGUAUUGCUUUUGAUCAAACUAAUAGAGAUUUAACAAUUAUCUCCAAUUUUUUCUGGGAAGUCCAGAGAGAAGUAAUUAUUAAUACCCGAUGAUGUUUUUCUCUAUUUUAUAUUUUCCUUUUGGGGUUGGGGGCACAAUCAGGUGGUGUUAUUAUAACAUUGCUUAUUAGAUAUUGUUUCUGUGUAACUAUAACAUUAUGUGAUAUUCUGCAACAAUAGCAAUUAUGCAGAUUGAUCAUGGCGUUUAUAUACAAUAAAGCAGCUAUGGGAAAUGUUACUGGUCA